GUAGGUGGAAAAAGAUAGAAAGAAAGAACAUGGAAGCUCUGUUGUGCAAGAGAUUGGGCGAUCCAUCAUCAGCCUCGGUGGCCGAUCAUUCAGAAUCGCCCAUUCAGAUCAUCAGAAACCAUCCCGUCCCUGAAUUGGACUCUCCAACCGCAGUGAGAGUCAAGGUUAAAGCCACCAGCUUGAACUACGCCAAUUACCUUCAGAUAUUGGGCAAGUACCAAGAGAAGCCUCCUCUCCCUUUCAUUCCCGGCUCCGAUUAUGCCGGAACCGUCGAAGCUGUGGGCCCCUCCGUCACUAAGUUCAAGGUCGGCGACCCCGUCUGCUCCUUCGCUUCCUUAGGCUCCUACGCCUCCUUCAUCGUCCAAGACCAAUCGCUCUUGUUUGGGUUGCCCAAAGGGUGUGAUCUGGUGGCAGCUGCUGCACUCCCUGUUGCCUUUGGGACCUCUCAUGUAGCUCUUGUUCACAGGGCUAACUUGGCCUCCUCUCAGGUAUUGCUAGUUCUUGGUGCCGCUGGAGGCGUUGGCGUUUCUGCUGUUCAAAUUGGCAAGGUUUGUGGCGCAGUUGUCAUUGCUGUGGCCAGGGGAGUUGAAAAGGUGAAGUUUUUGAAGUCCUUGGGUGUUGAUCACGUGGUAGACUUGACCAAUCAAAAUCUAAUUGCCAGUGUGAAGGAAUUCCUCAAGUCAAGGAACCUCAAAGGGGUUGAUGUUCUCUAUGAUCCUGUUGGUGGCAAGCUUACUAAAGAUGCUAUGAAGCUCUUGAAUUGGAGUGCACAAAUUCUUGUCAUUGGAUUUGCCAGUGGUGAAAUCCCUGUCAUCCCUGCUAAUAUCGCUCUUGUUAAGAACUGGACUGUGCAUGGACUCUACUGGGGUAGCUACAGAAUACAUCGACCAGCUGUGCUUGAGGAUUCCAUCCGGGAGUUGCUCUCCUGGAUGCAAAAGGGCUUGAUAACCAUUCACGUUUCUCAUACUUACAGCCUAUCGGAGGCCAACCUUGCAUUCUCGGCAAUUAAAGAUAGAAAAGCAAUUGGGAAAGUGAUGAUUGCAUUUGAUGAUAAGGGAAGGUCUAAGCUUUAAGUGAUUCCGAUUUACCUUUUGCUUGAAUUGAAACUAGAUUUGUCUCUGAUGCCUGUUGGCACUUUGUUU